CCAGCGCUGCCUUCGGCUGGGGCGUGGAGAAAAAAGAAACGUUUCCGUAGGUUGAUUGUGAGGACGCCUGAAAGCACGAUGAGCGCCGAGUCGCUGACUUUGGAUUGUACAAUCCAUCUCUUCUCGUACUUGGAAGUGCCGGAUCUGCUCAGAGCAGCUCAAGUGAAUAAGGCAUGGAACGAAGCAGCAGAGACCACCUUUCUCUGGAGAAAUAUGUGUCUAAAAAGGUGGGCUUUCUGCAAUAUCUCUGUGAUCCCAGGAAUCCACUCUUGGAAAAAGUACUAUCUUCAUCGCUCAAAUCUUGAAUCUAAGAUGACAUCAGGACAGGGUUCUGUUGAUUAUACAUGUAAAGCUAUAAGAGGACACAAUGGAGUGAUACAUGAAAUGGCUUAUCUAUCUGAGAAUCAACAUAUGUUUGCAACAGGAAAAGUAAAUUCCACUAUAUGUUCUGUAUCUUCUGAUGGCACAGUCAAGGCAUGGAAUGUCCAAGAGGGUAAACAGAUUUGGUCUAGUCCCCAACAGGAAUUUCCACUAGUAAAUAUUAUCACAUUUCCUGCAUUUAACCUGGCAGCUACAGCAGACACUCAGGGGACAAUCAAACUCUGGCAUGGGACUACAGGGGAAGAACUUUCAACUUUUUCAGUGUCAUCCACAUCAUGCUGUAUGGUAGCCUACACAAUAAAGAAUAAUCCAUUCUUAAUGGUGGGUACUGAAGAAGGCUCACUUCAUACCUUGGCAGCAACUGAUCUAAGCCAAAUUUUGUACAAAAAAAUGUUUCAGAACUGUAGUACACAGUUGUCUUUGUGUUCACCAGAUGGACAAUGGAUACUUGUUUGUCCUAGCAAUAGUGCUUUUUCACCAAAGGUGUUUAACACAUAUUAUGCAACUCAGCCAGAAGAUGAUGAUUUGAUACUAUCUAGUCCUUUACCUAUUACAAAUCAUUGCCAAGUAACGUGCUGGUUACCAACUGAGUCAGCGAGAAUUGCCAUUUUGCACAAAAAUGAGAUGUUUCACAUUGAUAGCUUUGAUCUAGCAAUUGAGAAGUCUAAAUACAAAACGACUGUAACGGCUAAACAGGUUGCAAGCUUCACAUUACCAGCCCAACAGCAGAUGACAAAUAUGAAAGGAUUUGGCAAGCAAACCCUUCUUAUAGCAGCUGGACCAGAACUAACAGUAUAUUCUCUGAGCGGGACUGUAUUGAUGGCUUUCAAGGAUCAUCAUAAAAUUAUUACAUCUAUUUGGGUGGAUCCUUUUCAUGUCGUAACAUCUUCCAUGGAUCUUUCACUCCGUGUAUACUACUGGAAAAAUAACAAAUCCUCUUUGUUGACAAGUUGCUAUCAUUUAUUGGGAGGAUCUCACAGAUGGUCAAGUGGCUUCAGAUCUGUGGCAUGCAAUGAUGUCAGCAUUGUUGGAAUAGUGGCUGGAAUUGAUGGCAGACAUUUUAAGAGCAUAUUCCUUUCAUCUGUAAGAGUUCCAUGCACUUGUUUCACUCUAAACAUUUUCCACCAAAUUGUCCAACUCAAAUGAUAAUAGAAGCAUGAUUGAAACCACUGCAACUAAUUGACUGAAGUGAUAGGAUUACCUUUUCAAUAACCAAUUUGACUAAAUUCCACUUGGCUUGAAAAAGACCCACAAGAGCUUUGUCUAGCUUUAUUAAAUGUAUCUUAUACCUUAUAUGUGUGUGUAUAUAAUUUUAGAUUGUUUACAUAUGCUUGUUUUUCUAUUUUUCCAUUCAUAAAAAGGCUACUUUCUAAAAAUUAUAUCUGAAUGUACAAUAUAAAUUAUACUUGUGGAAAACAAAACUUCAUAGUCUAAAUAUGGUCAUUAAAAAUAAGCAGGUGUUGAAAAAUGCAUGAAAAAUGUGUUAUUUCAAAAUUUAUUUCACAGGAAUCACCAAUUAUGAACUACAUCAGGGGUGUCAAACUGGAUUUGUUCAAGGGCUGGAUCAACAUUGUAGUUCUCCCCGGGCCGGCCAGAGGUGGGUGGGAUGUGACAGACACCUGCAGCACUAUGCUGGCCAAAAUAGGGCACCCAGUUUUCUGUCUGGAUG